AUGGCAUUUCUGCGAUCAACAGAAUCGAAAAAGAAACGAACUGCCAGCACACUGGCUUGUCUCCUUCAGGCUGUGAAAGGUAGUUCGAUAGUCGUUGAGCUGAAGGAUUUUUCUACAGUACAAGGUAUUCUGGUACAUUGUGAUGAUGCUAUGAAUGUAGAAAUGAAGGCCGUUACUAUUCAUGACUUCAAGCACCAUAUCAUGCCUCUUCAUUGUGAUAAGAUCUAUGCUUCUCCGCGACAUGAUGAUAUGAUUGGUGUGGUUGGUAGGGAUUGUGUAGGUUGCGUUGCGGAGAAGGAUGUGCAGGAGCACUUACGAGCUGUUUAUGGAACUUUGGCAUUGGGAUUGGUAGCAGCAACCGUUGGAACUCUGCUUCAUUUAUUCACCAAUAUUCUCCGUGAUAACUUCUUUCUUUUGUUUGGUUCUAUCCUACUAAUGAUAGCACUGUUAAAAACUCCACAUACUGGUGGUAACGAACGUAAACGACUUGGAUAUUUUAUCGCUUUUUGUGCUCUCUCUGGUAUGAGUUCUGGUCCGCUCAUUGAGAAAGCUUUGAUAGUCGAUCCAUCAACUAUUCUCACUGCAUUUCUUGCCACAGCGAUUGUUUUCAGCUGUUUCACGAUGUCAGCGUUGCAUGCACCUUCCACAAAGUUUCUGCAUCUUGGAGCGUUUGCGAUUAAUUGUACUCUGGUACUUUAUGAUACGCAGCUAAUUUGUGAGAAGCGUCGUCGUGGUGACACGGAUUAUAUAUUGCACACCAUCGAACUUUUCAUCGACUUCAUCAAUUUUUUCCGUUAUAUACUUGCUGUCCUUAGUGAAAAGAAGGUAUGGUUUUCUGUUCGUUAUCAGAGACGUGAAGAAACGGAAGGAAAAAUGAAUUCGGGCGAUGAUUCAUCACAAGAUGGCGAUUUUCGUUCUGAUGUAUUGGCGGCCGUUGGAAUGACACCCGGCGGUAGCUCUUCCUUAAGUUUAAUCCAGAAUAAAGGUAGACAUGCUGAUCGAUUUUGGGUACUUCCUGGAGAAAAGAUACAAAUUGAGGAGGCGAACAUUGGUUACAUGUCACCUGUAGGAAAAAUAAACGGCAGGGUGCUUGUUACUAACUACCGACUACGUUUUGAAGCGAAAUCAACCUCCGAAAAUCGGCACAGCAAGUGUUGUCAAUUUGAUAUACCUCUUGGAUGUAUCUCACGAGUUGAAAAGGUUGGCUACUCAACGGUGAGCCGCGGCGAAGAUUCUUAUGGACUAGAGAUCACCUGUAAAGAUAUGCGUAAUAUAAGGUUCACUCAUCAGCAAACGAACCACAGUAGACGUCCACUUUACGAAAGCCUACAGCGAUUUGCUUUCCCAGUCACCAAUAAAGCUUCCUUCUUUGCUGCUUCUUUUAAGCCUGAUUGGACUUUUGAUGGUUGGAAAAUUUACGAUACUAUUCGAGAACUAAAUCGGAUGAAUGUACCCAACGAAACUUGGAGAAUCACGAAGAUAAAUGAUCGAUAUGACUUCGCCGAUUCUUAUCCUGCUUUGUUAGCUGUACCAGCAACAGCUGUGGUAGAAGGUGAAGAUUUUUUGCAAAAAGUUGCUGAAUUUCGAAGUAAGCAGAGGAUACCUGUCUUGUCGUGGUUGCAUCCUACUUCACAGGCAUCAAUAACACGAUCAUCACAACCAAUGGUUGGAGUUACAUCUCGAAAAUCUGCAGAAGAUGAACGAUAUUUGCAGAUGAUUGUUGAAGCAAAUGCUCAUGCCCAUCAGCUUCUUAUAUUUGAUGCUCGUCCGGCCGUCAAUGCGAAAGUCAAUAAGGCAAAAGGUGGUGGUUUUGAAGAUUCAUACUCCAACAGUCGAUUGAUAUUUCUGGAUAUACAGAACAUUCAUGUAGUUCGAGAAUCGUAA